UGGAUGAAAGAAUAUAAGAAAGGAUUCACAAAUACGCUAUGAUAAGAUGAGUAACUCAAUAAAACUGGAUAAUAGUUUUAUCUUAUCAUUUUAAUCACUCUUUCACAAAUAUUAUCACCUAGGGUGGACAGUUACACCAAAUCAGAAAUGAAACUCAAAUGAUUCGGUCAGACUCACAUGAAUUUCACGUGUGGAUAAGAAAAGUAUAUGGGAAAACUUUGUUGCCAGCUUGUCAAAAAAGUUAAUUGGAAAUCCAUUAUCAAAGUUUACUCCUGAGUGGAGAAAAAACUCUAAUUUGAAUAAAAUAAUUUCAUACUCAUUUUUUUCUCUCUCAUCUAGUUUUUUUCUUAACCCUCUGAUUCCUAACUCACAAGGAAAAGGGUCUCUGGUAAUUUGGAAUCCAGUUAAGAGGUAUGUAAGGUCUAGUCAAGCAUGGUUCCAAUCAGAUUCAAACUUCUUUCAAACGAUUCAUCGGUUCAUUAACCAUUUGACUCAAGUUUUAGUAAAAUGAGUUCACUUAAUUAAUUAUUUUAUUUGACCUAUUUAUAUUGGUCUCACUAUUCGAUAUAAUUAAUCAAAUGAUGAACAGUUUUACUUUCCUUUUAAUCUACUUUUUCUCUUAAAUUUUCUUUCCACAGUAAAUAGUUACAAGCAUAUUCCGUACAUGUUAGUCUGCCGGCUACAAGUGAUUGUAUGAUAUGAUGCUGACAUAUUAUUCUAAUUAUCUAUUGGUAAAAAUUAUAGAUAGGAACGGUAAACUGGCAUAUAUCUUUGUUUGAGGCCACGUGUACACAUGGAUAGUCGUAUGUAUAUUUUUAGUUUAAAAAAAUAUUAUUUCGGCAAUUACAACUCUCAUAUUUUAGUUACAGAGUCAAGUAUAAAAAUAAAGAGCGACAAGAACAAUGAACACGAGACAGAGAUAGAAACACGAGAGGAGGGCUAUAGCAUUAAGGAUGACCAGCUACUUGAAAGGGAAUGAAGCAUAUAAAUAAAAAUACAUUCAAGGAAAUAGAAGUUAUAUAUUCAGGGAAAUGCCUCAAAGCUAUUUUUACCAACUUAAUUUUGUUUUCUCUCUUAGUAAGCACAUGACUUUUUGUGUCAUGUUAAUUCUUAAAUCAGCUUCAAAAAAAUCUAAUAACAACUUGGUGGGUAAGUUAAAGGUAAGACACCAAAUGAAUUAGCAAGAAAGAAAGAGAAAAAUGAGUUAUUCCCAAGAACUAUAAAACAAAAAAUCCGGCGGAUUCCUUUUUUGUUUUUGGUCUUAACUUAAGAUUUAUUUGUCUCUCUUUCAAAAAAAAAUAUUUAUUUGUUUGUUAGCUCAUGUAAAAUGGACAAUUUACAACUUAAGGUACUGAAAGCUAAGUUUCUAAAAUCAAAUUCCCUGUCCUUAAAUAUUUCAAAAGUUCACGUUAAAAGCUAUCGACCUUAUAUGAUCCCCACACAAGAGACCAAAUAGUUAUUCUUGCCCAGCAUCAUGAUGGCAAUGGUGGAAGAAAAAGGCUCAGCAAAUGGGAAAGAAGAUUACACUGAAGAUGGGACCGUAGACCUAAAAGGUAGACCAAUUUUAAGAUCGAAGACUGGAAGAUGGAAAGCUUGCUCCUUCAUAGUAGGGUACGAAGUGUUUGAGAGGAUGGCUUUCUAUGGAAUAGCAUCAAACUUAGUGGUGUAUCUAACAAAUGAGCUCCAUGAGGGUACUGUGGAAUCUUCAAACAACAUUAGCAACUUGGGGGGAGCAGUGUGGAUGAUGCCACUUGCAGGAGCUUACAUAGCUGAUGCUUAUCUUGGCAGAUAUUGGACCUUUGUAAUUGCAUCAUGCAUUUAUCUCAUGGGAAUGUGUUUGUUGACUCUAGCCGUUUCGCUGCCAUCUUUGAGGCCACCACAAUGUGCACAAGGUGUCGCAGACCAUAAUUGCCCAAGAGCAUCACCAUUGCAAAAGGGUGUUUUCUUCCUUGCCUUGUAUAUCAUUGCGGUAGGCACAGGGGGAACCAAGCCCAAUAUUUCUACAAUGGGAGCAGACCAAUUUGAUGAGUUUGAGCCCAAAGAGAGGUCUUAUAAGCUUUCUUUCUUCAAUUGGUGGUUUUUUAGUAUUUUCCUUGGUACUCUUUUCUCCAACACUUUCUUAAUUUACAUACAAGACAAUGUGGGUUGGGCGGUUGGAUACGGCCUUCCAACUGUUGGGCUCGGAAUUUCAAUAUUAGUGUUUCUGUUAGGAACUCCGAUAUAUAGGCACAAAUUGCCCUCAGGAAGCCCCAUAACUAGGAUGCUCCAAGUCUUUGUGGUGGCUAUUAGAAAUUUGAAGACAUGUGUUCCAGAAGAUCCAAAAGAGCUACAUGAGUUGAAUAUUGAGGACUAUGCAUGUAAUGGGAGAAACAGAAUUGAUCACACCUCUUCCUUGAGUUUCCUUGAUAAGGCGGCUGUAAAGACUGGCCAAAAGUCAACAUGGACGCUUUGUACAGUGACCCAAGUUGAGGAAACCAAACAAAUGACAAAAAUGAUUCCUAUUUUGAUUACAACAAUUAUGCCAAGCACAUUGAUAGUCCAAGCAACCACACUCUUCAUUAAACAAGGCAUCACAUUAGACAAGAGAAUGGGACCGCAUUUUGAUAUCCCUCCAGCAUGUCUCACAGCAUUUAUAACUAUUUUCAUGUUGAUAAGCAUCAUAGUCUAUGACCGUGUUUUUGUGCCAUUGAUUCGACGAUACACAAAAAACCCUAGAGGGAUCACAAUGCUACAAAGACUAGGAAUUGGCCUUGUGCUACACGUCAUUAUAAUGGUCACUGCAUGCUUGGCUGAGAGGAAGCGACUUCAUGUUGCAAGGGAAAACCGUCUUUUUGGCCAGCAUGAUACACUUCCUAUUACUAUUUUCAUUCUCCUCCCUCAAUUUGCCUUGGCAGGGGUUGCUGAUAACUUCGUCGAAAUUGCCAAGAUGGAGUUAUUCUACGAUCAAGCACCUGAAGGCAUGAAAAGUCUCGGAACAGCAUAUUUCACAACCAGCUUGGGUUUAGGAAGCUUUCUCAGUACUUUCCUUUUGUCAACGAUUGCUAAUAUCACUCGGAGACAUGGUCGCGAGGGAUGGAUUUCUGAUAACCUAAACACUUCCCAUUUAGAUUAUUAUUAUGUAUUCAUGGCAGUACUGAGCUUACUCAACUUCCUUUUCUUUUUGGUUGUUGCCAAGUUCUUUGUAUAUAAUGUUGAUGUAACACAAAACAAAUAUGGCUUCGAAAUGAACCUUGCAUCAUCUCAGGAAAAUGCUAGAAUAAGGCAAAGCACUCCAACACCAGAUGCCAAGUCAUAGGGAUUCAGAAAAUAAAGAGUUUUAAAUUUGUCUUGUUGUGAA